AUGUCUGCCCGGAGCCGAAGCCGGAGUCGGGAAGGGAAAGACGCGAAGAACCCGCUGCUGGAGACGAAAGGGCUGCCUCGAUUUCAGUCCAUCGAUGUAAAGCACGUGAAGCCUGCAAUGGAAGCUAUCUUGAAGUCCAUGCGCGAGGACUUCAAGAGCCUUGAAGCCGCUCUCCCCAAGACCUCCAAGCCUGACUAUGAGGGGGUUGUGGAAUCUCUUGAGAAGCUGCGGCACCCACUUUCCUACAGCUGGGGUGUUGUCAGUCAUUUAAACAAUGUAAAGAACUCGGAUGCCUUGCGUGAAGUCCACCAGGCAGUCCAGCCAGAGGUAGUCAAGGCUGAAAUGGAGCUGUCGCAGAGCCGCGUCGUUUUCGAUGCCCUGGGCAGCUUGGAAACAAGUGCUCUUCCUGAGUCCCGGCAGCGCAUCGUGGAGUCUGCUCUGCGCGACAUGCGACUGAGCGGAGUGGAUCUCGAGGGCAGCGCAAAGGAAGAGUUCAAGACCAUGCGACUGCGCCUAGCAGAACUCGGUACGAGCUUCGGGAAUAAUCUGCUUGAUUCAACGAAGGCUUUCGAAAUGGUUCUGACAGAGCUCAAGGAUGUUGAAGGCCUCCCCACGAGUGCACUCGCGGCAGCGGCACAGUCCUACAAUCAAGCACAAGGUGGAAAGAGUGAGAAGAAGACCGAGGCAACCUCAGGAUCGGGGCCUUGGCGGCUGACAUUGGACAUGCCCUCCUACCUUCCCGCCCUGAAGCACCUGAAGUCCUCCGAGCUGCGCGAGAAGCUCUACCGUGCUUUCAUCUCACGUGCUUCUACCGGCAAGAUGGACAACGGGCCUCUCAUCACGGAGAUCUUGAAGUUGCGGAAGAGAGCCUCAGCUUUUCUGGGCUUCAAAGAUUACGCAUCCGAAUCCCUUGCCAAGAAGAUGGCUCCGGACCUCGAGGCGGUGCGCAAGCUGACGGGGGACUUAUUUGCGGUGGCGCGGCCCGCUGCCGAGAAAGAGCUACAGGAGCUGCAGGAUUUCGCCAACAAGAAAGGCUACGACGGGAAGCUGCAGCUCUGGGAUGUGGCCUACUGGACAGAGCGUCUCAAGCAGGAGAAGUAUGCCUACGACGAGGAAGCAUUGAGGCCGUACUUCUCGCUUCCCAAAGUGCUGAAAGGCAUGUUUGGCAUUGCUUCAAAGCUGUUCGGGGUCGACAUCGCUCAGGACGACAAUGCAGCUGAGCGGUGGCAUCCCGACGUCAUGUUCUUCAAGGUACAGGAUGCCGGCAAAGACAUCGCUUCCUUCUUCCUGGAUCCAUACGCACGCCCCGGGGAAAAGCGAGGAGGUGCCUGGAUGGAUGAUUGCUUGGGGCGCUCCAAGGCCGUGGGAACGAAGCCGGUGGCCUACUUGAACUGCAAUGGCUCGCCGCCAGUGGGCACAAAGCCAUCUUUGAUGACGUUCUCGGAGGCUGAGACCCUGUUCCACGAGUUCGGCCACGGUCUCCAGCACAUGCUGACGCAUGUUGAGGAUGGUGAAUGUGCAGGCAUCAACAACGUCGAAUGGGAUGCGGUGGAGCUUCCCUCGCAAUUCAUGGCGAACUGGCUGUACCACAAGCCGACUGUGGACUCUUUUGCGGUGCACUUCGAGACGGGAGAACCGCUUCCUUCAGACGUUUUCGAGAAGAUCAAAGGCAGCCGCAUUUUCAUGGCCGCUUCCAUGAUGCUUCGGCAGCUGCAGCUUGGUGAUCUUGAUAUGAAGCUCCACUCUGAGUUCGAUCCAGAGGGGCCAGACACAUUCUUGAAUGUGCAGCGGCGCGUGGCCGACAAGUAUCAGAUCCUGCCGCCAUUGGAAGAAGACCGCUUCUUGUGCUCAUUCAAGCACAUCUUUGCCGGGGGCUAUGCGGCCGGGUACUACUCCUACAAAUGGGCCGAGGUUCUCUCAGCGGAUGCUUUCGCUGCAUUUGAGGAGGCUGGCCUUGAGGACGAGGAGGCCCUGCGCUCCGUCGGACGCCGCUUUCGAGACACCGUGCUGGGCUGUGGCGGCGGCAGGCAUCCGAGCAAGGUCUACCGUGACUUCCGUGGUAAGGAUGCGACCGUCGAUGCCCUCUUGUACGAGAUCGGUGCGGCCUUGUGGUGCGGACAUUGGGACCGAGCCUGUCAACUCCUCCUCACUUCCAACAGAGGUGCCUCGGCUCUCGCCGCUGCUUCUGCCGCCUUCGCCGCGAGGGAGUAUGCGCAAGGCCUGGAGAUGCUUCCCACAGAUAGGAGCUGCAAAGGGCUCCGGGCCCUGGCCAUGCACUUGCUCCUCAAAAAGGAUCCCUUGGAAGCGCUGCGGCGGGCACUGCCCGCCGUGCUUUGGGGCAAACUGUUGGCGACGGUGGGUCGGGUCUGCUGGAAUCGUGCAGUGGCUGCGCGGCUGAGCGAGCUCGCCCACCAACCAAUGCUGGGAGAUUUGGUUUGGGACCAGAACGCGGGCGAGCCGAGACCGCUGUCACAUCAGGAUCUGCGCACAGGCCAAUGGCAGCUGAGCGACCUCAUCCUUCCACUUCCCAGGCCCGGAGAGCCACUCCUUCAGGGCGGCCAGCGGCUGGCCAUGGAGGCGGAGCUCCAGGAAUUAGUGCCUGACGAGGACGCUCCCGCAGACUGCUUCCCCCUGGACGUCUCCAAGAUCCUGCCACGGGUGCGUCGAAUCGUCAGUAUCCCAUCGGACUUGGGCUGGGACGUGGUGGAGUCCUCCGGCGGCGGCGUGGUCGACUGUGACCUGGCGCGCCUCACGGCCAGGGCCGACGGAGAGCCUCCUUCCUCGGCUGCACGAAGCCAAACCCCGCCGGGCCUGGCGCUGCGCCUGCGCUGCACGCUGCCUCGAGCCGAGUCCGCAGAGGCACGGAGGUCGGGAAGAGCUGUCAGGACACUGACAACAGACGACUAUGGGGUCAAGUAA